GGGGCGGGUGGGAACACCAUGACCUCCAGUUACGGACACGUCCUGGAGCGGCAGCCGACGCUGGGCGGCCGCCUGGACAGUCCCGGCCACAACCUGGACACGCUGCAGGCCAAGAAGAACUUCUCCGUGAGUCACCUGCUGGACCUGGAGGAGGCCGGGGGCAUGGUGGCGGCGCAGACGGACGAGAGCGCGGGCGAGGCGGGCCGCGGGCUGCUGGAGUCGCCGGGGCUGACCAGCGGCAGCGACACGCCGCAGCAGGACAACGACCAGCUCAACUCGGAGGACAAGAAGAAGAGGAAACAGCGGCGGAACAGAACCACCUUCAACAGCAGCCAACUUCAGGCUCUGGAGCGGGUCUUCGAGCGGACACACUACCCCGAUGCCUUUGUGCGUGAGGACCUCGCCCGCCGGGUCAACCUCACGGAGGCCAGAGUGCAGGUGUGGUUCCAGAACCGAAGGGCCAAGUUCCGCAGGAACGAGCGUGCCAUGCUGGCCAAUAAGAACGCUUCCCUCCUCAAGUCCUACUCGGGGGACGUGACGGCCGUGGAGCAGCCCAUCGUGCCCCGCCCGGCCCCCAGGCCCACCGACUACCUGUCCUGGGGGACCGCCUCUCCGUACAGUGCCAUGGUCACUUAUUCUGCCACAUGCGCCAACCAUAGCCCCGCCCAGGGCGUCCACAUGGCCAACAGCAUUGCCAACCUGAGACUGAAAGCCAAGGAAUAUAGUUUACAGAGGAACCAGGUGUCAACAGUGAACUGAGGAAACAAACAAACAAAAUUAAACAGGCCUAAGAAGAAAUCAAAACCAAACCAAAAAAAAAAAAUAAAAAUAAAAACAAAAAACAAAAAACACCAAAAACACCAAAAAAAACACCAAAACCCACCAAGCCUUAAGCUGCCUCUCCUGCUCUGCUCUGUUCCUGGGGCAACACGACACACUGUUUGCAGCACUAAAAUAUUCAAAGAACAGCACAGCUACAGGGUGGGGUGUGGGCAGAGAGAGAGGAGAAAAAUGAGCUCAAAAUCAGUGAAUAACCCAAUAGCCCGAUGGUCCUCCCCGCCCUGGGUACCACCAGUGCUUGUUUCGUGUGUGUGUGUGUGUGUGUGUGUGUG